AUGGCUUUUGGAUAUCUGGAUGACCUCCAUAGCCGGUUCUAUGAUCAGUAUGGAAGGAAGGUGCGCAGUGUCACCAGACCAUACACCUUCAUAGAGUUUGACAAUUACAUCCAAAAAGCAAAAAAAAUGUUUGCGGACAGCAGGGCAAGGAGAAACCUCAGCAGUAUCAACACCGAGUUGCAGGAUGUCCAGAGAAUAAUGGUUGCCAAUAUUGAAGAAGUUCUGCAACGUGGAGAAGCCCUUUCUGCUCUGAACACAAAGGCCAGCAAUUUGUCCUCGUUGGCAAAGAAGUAUCAAAGUGACGCAAAGUACCUCAACACUCGUUCUGCUUAUGCGAAGUUGGCUGCAAUGGCAGUGGUUCUCCUGACACUCAUAAUCUAUGUGCGGUUCUGGUGGCUCUGA